CUCUACCAGGCCACACCGGAGCCGGUGCUCACACAGGCAAGCUACCAGGCCACAACAACGACACCCACCUCACCUCUGGCACCUCUGAGCAUCCACGUACUUGCAAGAACUCUUGCUCACAUCAGCUAAGAGAUUGCACCUGCUGACCUAGAGAUUCCAGCCUGUGCUCCUGUGCCGCUGAGCAGGGCAACCAGUAGCACCAUGUCUGUGACUGGCGGGAAGAUGGCACCGUCCCUCACCCAGGAGAUCCUCAGCCACCUGGGCCUGGCCAGCAAGACUGCAGCGUGGGGGACCCUGGGCACCCUCAGGACCUUCUUGAACUUCAGCGUGGACAAGGAUGCGCAGAGGCUACUGAGGGCCAUUACUGGCCAAGGCGUGGACCGCAGUGCCAUUGUGGACGUGCUGACCAACCGGAGCAGAGAGCAAAGGCAGCUCAUCUCACGAAGCUUCCAGGAGCGCACCCAACAGGACCUGAUGAAGUCUCUACAGGCAGCACUUUCUGGCAACCUGGAGAGGAUUGUGAUGGCUCUGCUGCAGCCCACAGCCCAGUUUGACGCCCAGGAAUUGAGGACAGCUCUGAAGGCCUCAGAUUCUGCUGUGGACGUGGCCAUUGAAAUUCUUGCCACUCGAACCCCACCCCAGCUGCAGGAGUGCCUGGCAGUCUACAAACACAAUUUCCAGGUGGAGGCUGUGGAUGACAUCACAUCUGAGACCAGUGGCAUCUUGCAGGACCUGCUCUUGGCCCUGGCCAAGGGGGGCCGUGACAGCUACUCUGGAAUCAUUGACUAUAAUCUGGCAGAACAAGAUGUCCAGGCACUGCAGUGGGCAGAAGGACCUAGCAGAGAGGAAGCAUGGGUCCCAGUCUUCACCCAGCGAAAUCCUGAACACCUCAUCCGAGUGUUUGAUCAGUACCAGCGGAGCACUGGGCAAGAGCUGGAGGAGGCUGUCCAGAACCGUUUCCAUGGAGAUGCCCAGGUGGCUCUGCUCGGCCUAGCUUCGGUGAUCAAGAACACACCGCUGUACUUUGCUGACAAACUUCAUCAAGCCCUCCAGGAAACUGAGCCCAAUUACCAAGUCCUGAUUCGCAUCCUUAUCUCUCGAUGUGAGACUGACCUUCUGAGUAUCAGAGCUGAGUUCAAGAAGAAAUUUGGGAAGUCCCUCUACUCUUCCCUCCAGGAUGCAGUGAAAGGGGAUUGCCAGUCAGCCCUCCUGGCCUUGUGCAGGGCUGAAGACAUGUGAGACUUCCCUGCCCCACCCCACAUGACAUCUGAGGAUCUGAGAUUUCCGUAUUUGGCUGAACCUGGGAGACCAGCUGGGCCUCCAAGUAGGAUAACCCCUCACUGAGCACCACAUUCUCUAGCUUCUUGUUGAGGCUGGAACUGUUUCUUUAAAAUCCCUUAAUUUUCCCAUCUCAAAAUUAUAUCUGUACCUGGGUCAUCCAGCUCCUUCUUGGGUGUGGGGAAAUGAGUUUUCUUUGAUAGUUUCUGCCUCACUCAUCCCUCCUGUACCCUGGCCAGAACAUCUCACUGAUACUCGAAUUCUUUUGGCAAA